UGUGGAUUUCUUUGUGCCUCCUUCCAGAGUGGGUGUUUGUCGGCCUGGUGAUCCUGGGAGUUUUCCUCUUCUUUGUCCUGGUGGGGAUCUGCUGGUGCCAGUGCUGCCCUCACAGUUGCUGCUGUUAUGUCCGCUGCCCAUGCUGCCCGGAUUCCUGCUGUUGCCCUCAGGCCUUGUAUGAAGCAGGGAAAGCAGCCAAGGCCGGGUACCCUCCCUCUGUCUCCGAUGUCCCUGGCCCUUACUCCAUCCCCUCUGUCCCUUUGGGAGGAGCCCCCUCAUCUGGCAUGCUGAUGGACAAGCCGCAUCCACCUCCCUUGGCACCAAGUGACUCCACUGGAGGAAGCCACAGUGUUCGCAAAGGUUACCGGAUCCAAGCUGAUAAAGAGAGAGACUCCAUGAAGGUCCUGUACUAUGUCGAGAAGGAGCUGGCUCAGUUUGAUCCAGCCAGAAGGAUGAGAGGCAGAUAUAACAACGCCAUCUCUGAACUCAGCUCCCUGCAUGAAGAGGACACCAGUUUCCGCCAGUCUUACCAUCAGAUGCGAAGCAAGCAGUUCCCUGUGUCUGGGGACUUGGAGAGCAACACUGACUACUGGUCAGGUGUCAUGGCAGGCAGCAGUGGGGCCAGCCGGGGGCCUUCAGCCAUGGAGUAUAAAAAAGAGGAUCAGGAGAGCUUUAGGCACAGCCAGCAGCGCUCCAAAUCAGAGAUGCUGUCCAGGAAGAACUUCGCCACGGGGGUGCCAGCCGUGUCCAUGGACGAGCUGGCGGCCUUCGCGGACUCCUACGGCCAGCGGCCCCGGCGCGCCAAUGGCACUAGCCUCGAGGCCCGGGGCGGGAGCCGCUUCGAGCGCGCCGAGUCGCGGGCGCACGGGGUCUUCUACCAGGACGGCUCCCUGGAGGAAUACUACGGCCAGCGCAGCCGCAGUCGCGAGCCCUUGACCGACGCGGACCGCGGCUGGUCCUACAGCCCCCCGCGCCGGCGGCCGACCGAGGAUGCGCACCUGCCGCGCCUGGUGAGCCGGACGCCCGGCACCGCGCCCAAGUACGACCACUCGUACCUGAGCAGCGUGCUGGAGCGCCAGCCGCGGCCCGAGGGCGCCAGCCGCGGGGGCAGCCUGGAGACGCCGUCCAAGCUGAGCGCGCAGCUCAGCCAGCGCAGCGCCUCCUACUACGCCUGGUCCCCGCCGGCCACCUACAAGGCGGGCGCCUCGGACGGCGACGAAGAGGAUGCACCCGAAGACACACUGCCGCCCUACAGCGAGCUGGAACUGAGCCGAGGUCCGUCGUACCGCAGCCGCGACCUGCCCUACCACAGCAACUCGGAGAAGAGGAGGAAAAAGGAGCCCACCAAGAAAACUAGUGACUUUCCAACAAGGAUGUCCCUUGUGGUCUGAUGUUUUCAAGACAUCUCUCUGGAAGACUAGAAGUGAGUCACAAACUACUGAGAUAAGAUACAAAUCCAAGAGCCAGCAGGCCCAGGACCUUCUCUGAUCACCACCUUAGAAGAUUUGCUGAACUCUGCUUUGGCCAAGGAUGGGAGGCAUCCUAUAAGGGAGCCUGAUUCCAAACCUCAGUGCCCAGCUAACUAGCUUGAGAAACUUAUCAAGAAAACAGUGGCAUGUGAAAACGUUCCACCUGCAGUUUCUCACCUGCAGAGUUUAUUCUGUCCAUCCUCUUUCCCUAGUGGAGACAGGACUGAAAGGGAGUUAGCUCUGGACAACUAAUCUCCAGAAAUUGCCUAUGCCUACAGUAUGCUUUUCUAAACCUCCUAUUCUGUGCUUAGAGACCUAAGAAUUCAUUAGUACUAAUAGAAGACAGCCUUCUGCUAACAAGGGAAGAUAACUUCAAGGUAAAAUAUACCUUUUACCCCACUGCUUCCCAGUCACUGGUCAGUGACUGUUGUUACACUAAAAUCAGAAGGCCUUUGGUAAGCUCACUGUCCGUGACCUCCUGGACAAUCACAGAAAUGACUUCA